UCCAGCCCGGGCUAUAAAUACCCGGCGCCGGAUUAAGCGAAGUAGGACGCGGCGGGGGCGAGGAGGAGGAUGGCGGGGGGGUCGCGGUGAGGGACGGCGGUGGGCAGGUUGGGCAGGUCUGUCCCUGCGGCUCUCCGGGAUGAAGCUGAAGAAGCAGGUGACAGUGUGUGGAGCUGCCAUCUUCUGCGUGGCCGUCUUCUCCCUCUACUUGAUGCUGGACCGGGUGCAGCACGACCCCACGCGCCACCAGAGUGGGGGCAACUUCCCCAGGAGUCAGAUCUCAGUGCUGCAGAACCGCAUUGAGCAGCUGGAGCAGCUGCUGGAGGAGAACCACGAGAUCAUCAGCCACAUAAAGGACUCAGUGCUGGAGCUGACAGCCCAUGCAGAGGGGCAGCCAGCACUGCCCCACCACACACCCAAUGGCUCCUGGGUGCUGCCCCCUGAGAGUCGCCCGAGCUUCCUCUCCGUCUCCCCACAGGACUGCCAGUUUGCCCUGGGGGGCAAGGGCCAGAGCCCAGACCUGCAGAUGCUGGCUGUGUACUCCCUGCUGCCCUUUGACAACCAGGAUGGCGGCGUGUGGAAGCAGGGCUUCGAUAUCACCUAUGAGCCUAAUGAGUGGGACACUGAGCCCCUGCAGGUGUUUGUGGUCCCCCACUCCCACAAUGACCCGGGCUGGAUCAAGACCUUCGACAAGUACUACUAUGACCAGACGCAGCACAUCCUCAACAGCAUGGUGCUAAAGAUGCAGGAGGACCCACGCCGGCGCUUCAUCUGGUCCGAGAUCUCCUUCUUUUCCAAGUGGUGGGACAACAUCAGUGCCCAGAAGCGGGCUGCGGUGCGGAGGCUGGUUGGCAACGGGCAGCUGGAAAUGGUGACGGGUGGCUGGGUAAUGCCGGAUGAGGCCAAUUCCCACUACUUUGCCAUGAUUGACCAGCUGAUUGAGGGGCACCAGUGGCUGGAGAAGAACAUUGGUGUGACGCCCCGGUCAGGCUGGGCUGUUGACCCCUUUGGGCACAGCUCCACCAUGCCCUACCUGCUGAAGCGCUCCAACCUGACGGGCAUGCUCAUCCAGCGUGUGCACUACGCCAUCAAGAAGCACUUUGCUGCCACCCAGAACCUGGAGUUCAUGUGGAGACAGACAUGGGACCCGGAUGCCAGCACCGACAUCUUCUGCCACAUGAUGCCCUUCUACAGCUACGAUGUGCCCCACACCUGUGGGCCAGACCCCAAGAUCUGCUGCCAGUUUGACUUCAAGCGGCUGCCAGGUGGCCGGAUCAACUGCCCAUGGAAGGUGCCUCCCCGAGCCAUCACUGAUGCCAACGUGGCGGAGCGAGCCCAGCUGCUGCUGGACCAGUACCGCAAGAAGUCCAAGCUGUACCGCAGCAAGGUGCUGCUGGUGCCCCUGGGAGACGAUUUCCGCUAUGACAAGCCACAAGAGUGGGAUGCCCAGUUCCUCAACUACCAGCGCAUCUUUGACUUCCUCAACUCCCGACCCAACCUCCACGUCCAAGCGCAGUUUGGGACGCUCUCUGACUACUUUGACGCCCUGUACAAGAAGGUGGGCAUCGUGCCGGGGAUGAAGCCGCCCGGGUUCCCAGUGCUGAGUGGGGAUUUCUUCUCCUAUGCGGACCGGGAGGAUCACUACUGGACAGGCUACUACACCUCCCGCCCUUUCUACAAGAGCCUGGACCGGGUGCUGGAGGCCCACCUCCGGGGGGCAGAGAUCCUGUACAGCCUGGCGCUCGCCCACGCCCGCCGCGCUGGCGCUGAUGGCAGGUACCCGCUCUCCGACUACGCCCUGCUGAGCAAUGCCCGUCGCAACCUGGGCCUCUUCCAGCACCACGAUGCCAUCACUGGCACCGCCAAGGAGGCUGUGGCGGUUGACUAUGGAGUCCGGCUGCUCCACUCCCUCACGAACCUCAAGCGCGUCAUCAUCAAUGCUGCGCAUUACCUCGUGCUGGGGGACAAGGACACCUACCGCCAUGACCCUGCUGCACCCUUCCUCAGCACGGAUGACACGCGCCCCAACCAGGACUCCCUCCCAGAGAGAACAGUGGUCAAACUGGACGCCUCGCCCCGGUACCUGGUGGUGUUCAACCCGCUGGAGCAGGAGCGCCUGAGCGUCGUGCCGGUGCUGGUGGACUCCCCACAUGUGCGUGUGCUCUCCGAGGAGGGGCAGCCACUGCCUUCCCAGCUCAGUGCGCACUGGGGCUCCGCCACUGACACGGUGCCUGACAUCUACCAGGUAUCUGUCCUGGCCCGCCUGCCUGCGUUGGGGCUGCGUGUGCUGCAGCUGCAUAAGUCCUUCAACAGCCACGGUGCGCUGAAGUCCUCCGUGCGCCUGUACCUGCAUGGCCGGGACUUGGCUGUGCGCAAGCAGGAGGCCGUACCCGUGCAUGUCUUCCCGGCCACCGCCGAAGACUUCUGCCUGGAGAACCAGCACCUGCAGGCCUGCUUCUCGGGACGCUCAGGCUUGCUGCAGAGCAUCCGCCGAGCUGGGGAGGAGCGGGAGCAGAGGGUGAGCAGCGAGUUUCUUGUCUACGGCACCAGGACCUCCAAGGACAAAAGCGGAGCCUACCUCUUUCUGCCUGACGGGGAGGCCAAGCCCUACGCCCCCAAGGACCCCCCAGUAGUGCGGGUGACAGAGGGACCCCUCUUCUCAGAGGUCAUCAGCUACUACCAGCAUGUCCAGACCAUGGUGCGGCUUUACAACGUGCCAGGGGUGGAGGGCCUGUCCCUGGACGUGUCUUGCCUGGUGGACAUCCGUGACCACAUCAACAAGGAGCUGGCCCUGCGCUUCAGCACUGACAUCGAGAGCGAUGACACCUUCUUCACGGACCUCAAUGGCUUCCAGAUCCAGCCCCGCAGGUACCAGCGGAAGCUGCCACUGCAGGCCAACUUUUACCCCAUGCCCGCCAUGGCCUACAUUCAGGACAUGCAGAGCCGCCUGACGCUGCACACAGCCCAGGCCUUGGGGGUCUCCAGCCUCAGCAGUGGUCAGCUGGAGGUGAUCCUGGACCGGCGCCUCAUGCAGGAUGACAACCGGGGCCUGGGCCAAGGGCUAAAGGACAACAAGCGCACCUGCAACCGGUUCCGCCUCCUCCUGGAGCACCGUGCCACUGCCAACAAGGUGCAGGAUGGCCGCCCGAUCAGCUUCCCCUCCCUGCUGAGCCACAUCACCUCCAUGCACCUGAAUGCUGAGGCCCUGGUCAUGCCUGUGGCCCAGGAGAAGCUGGCCCCACCAGUCCUGCGCUCCUUCACGCCCCUUUCCACCACCUUCCCCUGCGACUUUCACAUCCUUAACCUGCGGAUGCUGCAGGCAGAGGUGAGCUGCGCCCUGCAAGCGAGGCGGGCAUGGCUUGGGCAGGACUCUUGGGGGGGUCUCGCACCCACUGUCCCCAGCAUUGCACCUCACACCCUGGUUCCCCAGCAGGAUGACUCGCUACCCUCAGCUGAGGCAGCCCUGAUCCUGCACCGCAAAGGCUUUGACUGCAGCCUGGAGGCUAAGAACCUGGGGUUUAACUGCACCACCAGCCAGGGAAAGCUGGCCCUGGGCAGCCUGUUCCAGGGGCUAGAGCUGGGCUCUCUGCAGCCCACUUCACUGACUUUGAUGUACCCGCUGGGCACAACCUCCAACAGCACCAACAUCCGCCUGGACCCCAUGGAAAUUGCCACUUUCCGCAUCCGUCUGGGGUAGCGUCUCCUGGAGCAGGAGAGAAGCAGACUGGCUGGGCAGCGUGGGAGCAGCUGUGUAGCCCAGCAGCACCAGCAUGGCCCGGGAGAGGCUGGGCCAGCAGGCCCGUGGCAGGCAGGCGGGUGCUGGGCAGGAGGUGCCGGACUUGCAAAGGCUGCUGCCUUCUAAUUUAUUAGUCCUGUGUUCUCAGAUAGAUUUCAGAAGUGAACUGCUGUGGCAGAGCUGUGCAGAGGCUGCCGGAUGCUGCCUGGGCAUAGAGGCCACAGGCUGGGCACUGCUCCGAGCAGAGCACAGCUGGCAGGGGCAGCGGGCCAGGUUCUGCCGCUGCUGGCAGGAUGGGCACAGCUGCCCUGCGUUCGCAUGGCUGCCCAGGAGGGUGCCCACCCCGGCAUCUUGGGGCAGAGGCCCAUGCUGGCGCCUGGGCUCCCCCUAACCCAUGGGGCAGCAUGGGGGCUGCCAGGAGCCUGGCAGGGUUGGGGCAGCUGGCUGGGGAGGUGCUGUGGACUGGAGACUGAGCUCGCCUGGAGCUUGUAGGAAACAUGAGGCUGUUUCCAAGG